AUGAUCUUAAAUCUUUCAAACCAAACGUUUCAAUCUUCAUAUAAUAUUCCACCAACAAGAACUGCCUUAAUAAUAUAUCAAACUAAAAAUUCAGAUUCUUCAAUUAUAAAUCGCUAUGUAAUCGAGCCCCUGAUUUUUGGACUAGUUCCAUCUUGGGCUAAGCCAAAAGACCCAACGCCAGUCGAGAGGAAAGGAAAGCCUGGGCCAAAAUAUUCUCGUGAACUCCAGAAAUAUCAGGGAAAGCAUUUUAAUUGUCGAAAAGAAUCUUUGGCAAAUAAAACUCCAAUUUGGAAUAGUGCCAAACAGACAAGGUGUGUUGUGCCGAUUCAAGGCUACUUUGAGUGGCUUCAAUCGGGUAAGACAAAGACCCCAUAUUUCGUUCAUUCUUCGGAGGCCCCAUUAAUUUAUCUUGCAGCUUUGUACUCGCACAAUACAAGUUAUUCUAGUAUAGAUACACACUCUAAAUACUUAUCUUCAUUUACAAUUAUAACAGGUCCAGCAACGAAGGACGAUUCAAAGGAUUUAUCGUGGCUACAUCCCAGGAAACCCUUAAUGCUAAUGCCAGGCACCAAUGCAUGGAAUGAAUGGUUAGAUCCAAAGAAACACUGGUCGGACGAUCUACUUGAUAUCAGUUUGAAUACAAUUCAUAAUAAAGCAUAUAUGAAUAUCGAAUGUCAUACUGUCAGUAGUGACGUAGGUAAACCAUUUGCAGAAGGAAAAUAUUUGAUUGAAAAAUAUAAUCCGCCUCAAAAAUCUAUUUCCCAAUUUUUUAAACCCUCAACAAAGCGACAACUACUGGAGACUAAAGAAAUAAAGCAAGAGAAAAAGAUAAAGACUGAAGAUGAUACAGAUGCAACCAGUGCGGAUCAGGGAAAUGUUACAAUUAAAAAGGAACCAUAA